CAAAUUUGAAGGGCAAUUCUGUCAAAUCAUAAAUCUACGUUUCACAUUAGGUUGACACAAUUUUGUUGCAAUAUAAUUUUAUCAUUUUGUCUUAAAAUAAUAUGGAUGGUGUUUACGAAGAUAACUAUGUGUCAACUAUCUUUUUUGAUUUAGAUAAUACUUUGAUACAAACACGCGAGGGAGACGCAAAAGCUUGCAAAAAGCUAGUGGAGAUCUUGCAUCAGGAGUACGGUGUUCCCCAUGACGUGGCAUCGGAGAGCGCGGCCAUGUUUCUGCGCGCGUUCCGCGCUCGCCCCGACGAUGAAUCCUACGCAAUACACGAGUGGCCAGCGCAUUUGUGGCGCAAUUGCUUACCAAAGAACUAUAGACAUAUCGCUAAAAAUAUAUCUGCCGAGUGGUUAAAAUUGCGAUUUAAAUAUUUAGCACUUUCGCCAGAUGUUAUACAUCUCUUGGAAACUUUAAGGGAGGAUUAUCUUCUCGGUCUUAUCACGAAUGGGCCAUCGCGGGCUCAGUGGCAGAAGGUCGAUAGGCUCGGCCUGCGCAAGUACUUCGACUGUGUGCUGGUCUCCGGGGACCUGCCCUGGGAGAAGCCCGACCAGAACAUCUUUCUGGAGGCCUGCAAGCUGCUCAAUGUCGAACCACGCUCCUGCAUCAUGGUUGGGGAUAAACUCGAAACUGAUAUAAAGGGGGGUAAAGAUGCAGACCUCCUAAGCACAGUAUGGGUGCCGCUAUACACCGACGACUCGGAAUCGGACCUUCCUGAUUUCACGAUACAAAAGGUCACAGAGUUACCUGAAGUCUUGCCAAAUUCGCCGAAAUUCAAACGCUCAGUUCAAAGAACUACAUGCUAAAUUUUUAUAUAUACUUAAAAACGUCGGUUUCACAACUUCAUAUGUUCUGUUCAGCUUGUCUUUUAAAAUGAUAAUGUAUGAGAAUUAACUUCAAAACAGGCUAUCGGGUACAUUAUUAGCAAGUGGUGACACCAAUCCUUUAUAUUCUAUCAAUCUAUAAGAUAGAAGUAUCUGAAACAUGAUAAUCUUUAAAAUUUACUUAUUAGUCAAUUACAUACUGUGGUUAGUGUUAUUUAUUUGAAACAUUACUUAAUUUGCACCUUAGAAAUAUUUGAUUGGCCAGAAAACCUUACUUAUAAUAUUUCAUUUGGAUUUUUGUGCCAAUGAAAUGUUUGAACUCGUAAAUUAAUUUAUCUCUAUUCAAUCUUGCGUAGAUAAUACAUAAUAUGUAUGUCUCCUUAAUAUCUUAAUAAAAAAAUUAACAAAAAUAUUUUACAUGCAAUUUACACAUGUAAAGAAAAAACACAUUGUGAGUAUGUGAGUGAAACUUAAAUGUAAGAUAUUUUUUCAUUUCUUUUAAUAAGACAGUUUGGGGUAUUAUCAUAGCUCGAAUAAAUGUAAAUAAUCACAGCAAAUAGAUACUAUGUACUAUGGAGUAUUUACAGUCUUGCGAAAAGCAAGAGCAGCAGCAAGGCGAAUAACAAACACACAUAAUAUGUAAAAAAUGCACUCGCUAUUCGCCUUUAGAUUCGCGCAAAGCGGUUGUUCGUAUGUUAUCAAAGGGCAUUCUUAUGUAAUGAAUGGUUCCACGAGUUAAAAGAAGAAUGACGAACACGAAUGUGUAAAUGCACCAUUAUAAUGGUGAUAUUAUUUAAAGUAUUAGACUUGCAUAUGAUAUGUCUAAAUGGAGCUUAUACACAUUUCCAUUCCCUAUGAUCCUAUAUUGUAUACUAGCUGUUCCUCGCGGUUUCACCCGCAUUGCUCCGCUCCUGUUAGUCUUAAAGAGAUGAUAUAUAGCCUUAUAGCCUUCGAUAAAUGGGCUAUCUAACACCGAAAGAAUUUUACAAAUCGGACCAGUAGUUCCCGAGAUUAGCGCGUUCAAACAAACAAACAAAAUCUUCAGCUUUAUAAUAUUAGCAUAGAUGUAUAACAUAAUCAGAUUGAUAUAUGUGUUUGUCCUGCAAAAGUAUAUUGUGUUAUAGAUUUUAUACCAUCUAAUUGACAUUGAUGUAAAACUGGUGUUAUUUCAAAUAUAAAGAAACAAUUUGGAAAUAUAAAAAAUAUAUAAUGAAGUAAAUAACCUGUGAAAUAUGUAUUCACAGUGUAUAAGUAUAGCUUCAAAAUAUAAACUACUAAAAAUUGAGCAUCAGCUCAUUCCUUUAAACACUGCUUAACUAAGGUAAGAAAAUAUAGUAAAGUAGUAUUAAGUAGAAAAAUGUGUAAAUGAUGUUAGUCAUAUAUUUCUUAACCAGUUACCAAAUAGUUCCUUCUGUAAAUACGAAAUAGUUGCUAUCCCAUGUGCAUAAUCAGUAUUCAAAGUACAAAGGAUACAGUACAAAUUGUGAUUAAAAAUACAUCAUUUCUUAAAGAAACUCCUUACUUAAUUUGCUUUUUAUAUAUGUAAUUGCCUUUUGACUACUUAGAACUUUCACCUAUAAUUGUUAGCUGUAAAGAGGCUUGUAUUCUUACAAUAAUGCCUCGCACUAUUUUUAAUUCGUAAUUAUCUAGAUCUAUAUCUAGAACAUAUGUCACAAAUUUAAUCUCUUGUACUUAGUCACAACAUCUACUAUUAUCAUUAUUUGUAAUUGACUCUUCCACCAUAUGGGCUUCAUCAGCAUUUUAUUGUGCAUAUUAUAAUUUAAAUAAUAAGUAUAAAUUACUAAGACAUUAUGUAUUGAGUCCAUUGGAAAUAAGGUGUAAGGGUCAAAAGUACCUGAAAUUUUCUCAUUGGCAAGGCACAAAUUAUAGUAGGUAUGUACUUAUUGUGAAUUUUUAGUGGUACAUAAUAAUAUGUAUUUUAACAUAUUUGGGUAGACAUGUGAAUAUGAAUUCUCAAAUUAAUGCCACAUUUAAAUAUUGUAAAGAAGCCUUGUUACGUGAAUUUGUAAAAUUAAUUUGCCAAAUAGUUGAAAUGUCUACUAUUAUUAUAUUAUAUUGAGAAUUCAAACGUGUUACUAUUGAAAACAGAUAUAAAAUUGUGUGUAAGAAUGUUGUAUAGACUGUAAUUGUGAUAUUAUCAUUAUAAUUUAAUCUCUUCUGUGCUAAAGAUACAAAUAGGAAAUAUAUUAUUUUCGUACUUCUAUGACCUAACCAGAUGCUUGUAAAUGGUGAAUGUUGUGUAUUUUCUAUAUUUUUUUAUAAUUAGAAUAGAAGAGAUUAAUGUUAAUUUAAAAUUUUAUAGAAAUACUACACGUAAGUAAAUUAAUAAGAUUAACUUCUCAAUGAUGAGAAUCUUUUAAUUUUGAGUUUUGUUAUGUAAUGACUAAUGAUAGAUUGUGUCCAGAGUAAUGGAUAAAGUUUCAGAUAAUUUCACAUGUCCCUUUCUUUUACAGUAUGGAUUCCAUAAUAAUGUAAACUAUUGGUCGGGUAUACUGUGAUUAAGGUAGGUCUUUCUUUGGGUACUGUUAUGGAUCUAUUACAUUUUAUUUUUUCUA